AUGGGCUGGCAGUGGACGCAGAUGCAGAGGUCGGGCAGUCAUGCCACCAGCGCAAGUUGUUGGACCGUGAUCGUGGUGAACCGCCAGAGAGUAGUCUACGACGUGACGAGGCUGCUGUCCAAUCAUGAGGGCGGACGCAGGGUCAUUGAGCAGAUGUGUGGCCUUGAUGGAUCUAUCGGAUUCUGGUGCGUCCACAGCUUGGAAGACCUUCAGGAGUCCAUUGCUGACGGGGAUGCCACCGAGAUUUGCAGGAGUGCUGCCUCAGUCCCCCCUGCUCGACGCUUGGAUGAUGACGAUGAUGAGGAUGAGGACGAGGACGAGGACGAGGAUGAUGAUGAAGGUAUGCGCAACACUUGCGCAACAGGUGGCUCUUUGCCUGCCGCUCCCACCACUGCCAUUCAAGCCUCUGAGGUGGCUUUGCACAAAUCCUCUGACGAUUGCUGGACAAGCAUGGAUGAUGGCAGUCGGAAGGUUGUCAUGGACAUGUCUUUGUACACUCACUACCACCCUGGCGGAAAAGCAUACGUACUGUCCAUGUGCGGCAAGGAUUCCACGGCCUCUUAUCGAGGCUUCCAUCCCUUUUCUUACCUGGGUCAAGGAGUGAGUUAUGGAUACAUCGUGAUGAAGGGCACUCUACAAGGCACGUAUCCGGCUCCGUCUCCACCCCCUGCCGGGAGCCCGGCACCAGCUCCAGGUGGUCAGUACACGGCCAUCACCGCCUCAGAGCUUGCCACGCAUGCAACUGCAAAUGACUGCUGGGGCAGGGUUGGCAGCUGGGUGGUGGACAUGACGGCUUUGCGCAGUACCCACGCUGCUGGGAACUCAAUGCUCCUGUGUGGCCAGGACGUGACAGCCUCCUUCCGGAGCAUUCAUGCGGAUUCCUACAUCUCGCGAAUGCCGGUCAUGGGAACCUAUGAUUCCACAGUCCAUCGGAAUCCCGCCAGUUCCACGGCAAUGACCACCACGCCCGGUCCCACACCACCUGCACCUUCGCCAAGUGGAGGAGAAACGUCCAUUCUCAACCCUACCGUGCCCACCGAGGAUGUGAGCGUGAUAUCUACCUCGGAGAUGUCCUGGCAUGCUGUGCUCUCGGACUGUUGGCUGGCCAUGCGCUGCAAGGUCUACGACAUGACCAGCUACAUCCCCUUCCACACGGGUGACCGCUACACGCCCCCAGGCGGUCAAGGGGCGAUCGAGAAGCUUUGCGGUGCAGAUGCAACGGCCGCCUUCGAGGCCAUCCACCCGAUCUCCUACAUGGACCUCUCAAUCCGAACGGGUGCCGUGCUUUUGGGAGAUCUUGCUGGCUGCGGCGCCGCUCCUGCAGCCCCACAGCAGACGACCACCGCGACCACCACCACAACAACUCCUGCACCUGCAGUGCCGCAGAAUGCAACGAUGUGGUACAACCUGAGCUUCCCAAACUUGCUGGCCUCCAGCGUGGACCUGACCAGCGCACAGACGGAGGCCUCGUUGGCGAUCCAGGUGCAACAUGCGUUGGCGGCUCAGGGUCUGGCAAACGUCAAGGUGGUGGUGUCCAACCUGCGGGCAGGAUCCAUCAAGGCCACCGUGGGGUUUCAGAUGGCUGACAUCGGCCAGCUGGAUGCUGUGAGACUCUUCGGGACGAAGAUGAACAGCGUGACUUGGAUGGGUGAUGCUGCCACCGUGGAAGGCAGCCCUCAGCUGGAAGUGAGCUAUGGCGGCCAGGCCGCACAACAGCUUCCUGGCUCGGCCUUGCCGGUCUACACCAUCCACCAGGUCCAGGACCACAACACAGAGCUGGAUUGCUGGAUGGCCGUCCAUGGCAAGGUGUUCUCCUUCGUUGGCGCUGCCAAGGCACAUCCUGUUGGCAGCUUCUGGACCCUCGGCCUUUGCGGCACAGAUGCCUCGGCCACCUUCGAUCUCCACCAUCCCAUGAGCUACCUGGGCAAGGCGCCCCUGCGCCGUAUCGGGGGAGGCCAGAUCGGAACCCUUUCCUCGGCUUCAGCCAUCGACGCCGCCAAGACUUACCCACGACCAUCGCCCAUCCAAGUCUUGCCAAACAUCGAGGUGACACUGACAAACGGGUCCCAGGAUUUCUUGCAGAGGCACAACAAAGAAACGGAUUGCUGGAUGGCUUUGCACGGUGAUGUGUAUGCAUCGUCGAAUCUGCUCGCGCAGCACGAUGGCGGUCGGGCCAACGUGGCUGCUCUCUGCGGGCUAGAUGCCACGGCCUCUUUCGACUGUGUGCACCCCAUGAGUGAGAUCCAAGAGGCAGUGGAUGACUAUGGCAUCACAAAGGUUGGGACAACAAGCACAAUCCUUGGACAAGGCUGCACCUUCCAACUAUCGGCGGGGAUGCUCCCCGACAGGAUGAUCACCUGGGGGGAGCUAGCCACGCACGCCACGACUCAGGACUGUUGGAUCCUCCUUGGCACAGCCGGUAUCGUUUGGGACGUCACGGCAUAUUUGCCCAAGCACACCGGUGGUGCGGCCAGUGUCGGCAUCCUUUGUGGCGCUGACGCAACAGGAUCCUUUGACAAGAACCACAGGGUCGGCUACAUGACCACGCUGGCUCAGAAGGGUGGCUUCCCAUUGGGAACUAUCACAGGUGAGCAGCCGGCCCUUGACUCCGGCACUGUCCAAUUGACUCCGCUGACCAUGGCAGAUGUAGCCCGGCACAACAUCGCAUCAGAUUGUUGGAUCGCCGUGCACGGCUAUGUUCUGGAUGUGACCAGCUACUUGGACCGCCACUCCGGGGGUCGGAUGAGCAUCCAGGCCUCGUGUGGAGCAGACGGGACUGCUUCCUUCGACUCUGUAUCGCACCCCCAAAGUUAUAUCACCAUGAUGGCACAGAAGCGCUUCGCCACCAUCAAAGGCUGCAUUGGCAGCUGCACCAGUGAUGGCGCCACGCCAAGCCAAGGCAACGGCAUCGGCACGACAGAUUCCAUGACAGGACCAACUGGCCAGGUCCCUGCAAGGCAAUGUCGAGGCGACGAGCCGACGCCGCCGGACACCACCGUGACGGAUGCCGAGCUGCAGACGCACAACAAGGCCACAGACUGUUGGAUGGUACUGGGCUGCGGCGUCUACGACGUCUCUGCUUACAAGCACAGUGGAGGAGACGGCUCUGUUCAUGCAUGGUGUGGGGGGGAUGGCACCACCUCCUUCGUUGGGAAGCAUCCAUGGACGUACCUUCCAAUUCUCCUGAACAAAGGCGCCGUGUUGGUCGGGAGGUACGGCGGCGCCUCAGUUGCCAGCAGCGUGGGCAGGCAAACGCCGCUGUCGCUUGCCGAGAUCGCGAAGCACAACACACCCGCAGACUGUUGGUCCUGCAUCCACGGCAAGGUCUAUGACCUCACCUUCUAUUUGCCAGAUCAUGAUGCCGGCAGUGCCGUCAUUGAACCCAUGUGUGGAGAGGACUCCACAGCAUAUUAUGCCAUGGCCCAUGCCAAAGGCGCGCUGUCUGGGCUUCCCAUUAAGGGCGCCUGUGACCCGCGUGCAGAGCAGGCCUUUACUGAGCAGAACAUCCUGGAUGGCAUGGCCUUUGUUGCCUACGUUCUUUUCCCGUGGCUGAUGCACCAUGUGUCUCCGGUGAUGAUGAGCCCUCCCAUGCAGGACAGGAUCUUCCGCCGACCCAUCCUGGCUAAGCCAUUGAAGGGUUGCGUGGGCAACAUGCUGAACAGCUAUCUGGAGAUGCCCGUCGGGGUGGCUGCGAUGCUUCUAUGGUUCUUGGUGGCAACGGCGCUGCUCUCCACCUUCUGGGCCCUUCACUACGAGCUCUACUACCUGCCAGACUUCACGGGGCCGGGCUGGAUUGGCCGCAUGACUGUGUACAUGAUCUCGAUCGCCACCUACUUGGGAACCCGGCGAUGGUCUUUGGCCUGGACCCUGUAUCAGAUCUCCUACGAGAAGACCCUCAAGGCCCACUAUGUUGUGGGCUCCGUGGCCAGCAUCUACAUGAUCUUGCAUGGCGUGCUGUACAUGGUGGCUUUUGGACCAGACAUGCUGCCAGAACACCAGGUAACUACGGCUUAUACUUUGCUGGCCUGUAUUCUAAUUGUGUUCCCCGCCAGCAUCAACAACUUCCGUGUCCGCUGGUACAGCGUUUUCAAGAUCACACACUUCUUGGCGCCUCUCAUCGUGAUAGUAGCGAACCUGCACAUCCUUUCUCUCAACGUCGACGGUCUUCUUUGCCGGGGCUUUUGGGGUGCCAUGGCCUGGAUCGGCUCUGCCGCCUUUUUUUGGAUUGGGGAUUUCUUGUACAGCCGCUACGAUGUGCUCAUGGUUCCGACACGGGUGGUCGGUGCCGCAAGGGUGCUACCAGCAGACGGAGGCCCGGCACAUAUUGCCGUGAAGCUCAGGAAGAAGACGACCCUCUUCCCGGGCGCUUGGCUCUCCGUGGCCUCCUUAGAUGCGGGAAGCGCGUUGAGCCACCCCUUCACCGCCAUUGUCCGCAAGUGUGGUGGCAUCGACAAGGAGUAUGCUGAGGUUGAGUUCCUGUGGAAGCUGGGCAGAGAAUUAGCGGAGGUGUGCCCUGGCAAGACUUGGACGCAGGCCCUGUGCAACAAGAUUGUGAAGCAGAGUCCCACUGCACCUCUGACCUUUUACAUGUCUGGGCCAUACGGUGGUGGUUUGGGUUCUCUUGAGCCAAUGCGGAUCAUCAUCUUCGUGGUUGGUGGCGUAGGGGUGACACCCGCUGCUUCCAUGGCUCCCCACCUUAUUCGUCAAGGCAAAGACGUCCACGUGAUUUGGAGUUGCCGCUCCGCCUCCCUGCUUCAGCACAUUGCGGGCGAGUACUUCAACAGCGCCUGUGGAGCCUACUUCGAUCGGAACCCUGACAACCGCCGCCUCCACUACAGUGGCAAGGACGAAGCGAGCCUGCCGCCCUACGUCCUGAAGGGACGGCCGGACGUGCCCGCGAUCAUUGGCGAGGUUGUGCAGAGCGCCUUGAAGCGGGACAUUUUGGACAUUGGCGUUUUUGUUUGCGGUCCUGGCGCCUUGACUGAGGACUGUGUCCGUGCAGCCAAGAAGCACAGCGACCCUAAGGGAGCCCACGUCCAUGUGCAUGCUGAAUCCUUCCAAAUGUGA